GUGGUGGUGGUGGUGUGUCGUGUGAGAGACAACAUAGACGGUCGAUCUCGGUAGUCGCAGCUCGAUUGUGUCUCUGUACCUGACUGUUUGGAGUAGUUCGACCAACCUUUCGUCGAUGGCUUCUCGAUUCUCUGUUCUUUCGAAUGUUUGAUUGCUUGAAAUGAACAGAGACAUGUCGAGUCUUCAUUUCAUUGCAUUUCCCCUUCCCGGGACCGAGGAUCAACUCAAUGAGCGCCUCAAAGAUGUGGCCGACAAGUUGCGGCGGUCAGCGUAUUCACCGCCAUCGUUCCUGAACAAGUUCACGUCGGGGUCGAUAUUGCAGUGCGUUGUGGGACCAUCUCAUCUUGGUUUUCUCUUAGACGAUGGGAGAGUUUGCAGAGUUGUGUAUUCGCUGCUUUCGGAGAGCUUGGAUCUCUCAAAGACCAACAAUGAUUCCUCGAAAGGGUGAGCAGAUGAUAUUCGGAAUAGUCGCUCGAGCGACCCUGCUAUGUCUAGCGGCGCUAAUGGCUCCAACGCAGCGUCUACUUCAUCGUCGAGAAUAAAACGAACCGCUCGAAUGUCAACCGGUGGUUACCGUAGCUCCUCUGCACGAAUCGUCAUGGGCAACCGGCCUGUGGUCCCAGCUACUCAUGUUCCAGAAGAAUUAGUUAUGCAAGCUCAAGUUGUCCUCCAGGGCAAGAGCAGACACGUAAUAAUUCGUGAGCUGCAGAAGACGAAUUUGGAUGUGAAUCUGGCUGUGAAUAAUCUCCUGUCGAGGGACGACGAAGAAGGCGACGAAGGAUCCGCGAUGAACGAUGACGCUCCCGGCGAAGGCUUCAUGAGCGAAGACCUCAUGUCUUUACUCGACGGACCUAUGCAACCGGACUCCCACAAUCAUCCCUCAGUUAUAAUAGAUCCAGAUGCAUUAUUUGCUGAAGACAUGUUUGGACCGGCAAACGCGUCGGGCUUCAGUCGUAGAAGCUGUCGCGGCAGUUCAAAAAAUGCCUCGAGCGAAAACAACUCAUUCCUGAGGAUGGGUAGAGAUAGUCGUCAGCUAGCCGGGAGCGGCUCGCGGAAAGGAUGGCUCGAUGCCACCCUCAAAGACAGCAGCUCGGAUAGUACGGAUAUGGGCAAUAUUAAAAAGAAUAAGAACCCUGUCUGGAUCAGUGAAGACAUCGAGUUCUGGCCGGGCCACAGCAAGUUCGUCCAUCUAAUCUCGCUGUACUCUGAGCUGUGUGCUCUGAGCACGACCGGACAACUCCACCAGUGGAAAUGGUGGAGCUGUGACCCGUAUCGAGGCGAGAUGCAGGGCGUCUACCAUCCCAAAACCAUUUCGUUGAACCUCCUCCACGAACGCAUCUCGUUACUCGACGGAAGAUGUGCCCGAGCGAGCGUGGUGACCGAGUCCGGGAAAGUUGCAACGUUUGUCGACGAGAGCCUGAACCCGGUCGCCUUCAGACUCGAACAGCAAGCUACAUUAUUCAGCGAGCUGCAGGGUGAACGGAUCCAGUCGAUUCAUGUGUGUUCAUUGUACUCUUGUGUUCGCCUCUACAACGGGUCGAUCUAUUGGUGGGGUGUGCUGCCUUUCAGCCAACGUAAGAAAAUCUGGGAACGCAUGUGUCAACGAUCGAAGCAGAGCAAGAGCUCCUCCUCGCAGAAUUCGGAGAUCGUCGUCGAUUCUCAAGUGUGUAUGAGAUACAGUCCUGUGUACCACCCCGGUGCGCUCGCGUUCACCACGGCCAACGGGCAUCCUCGUGUCGGUCAGCUGUUAGCCGCGGCUUGGAACCUUCCCGACGCGUGUCAGUUCAAAAUCAUUAAUCCCAAACCCACGACUCUCGAGCGAUCGAGCAGCCAGCCCCCUCCGGACAACUCGAGCAACGAUCGAACAGAAAUGCCCCCACCACCUUCGCCGGCUUCGUCCACCUGCAGUGAGCCACCGCCGCACAGCCCAUUGUCGCACAAGAGGAAAAAAACGCAACGCUCGGACGACGACAAGACCGAGGAAGAGGAGUGGGCCCUCAAGGAUGUGAUUUUCGUCGAAGACGUCAAGAACGUACCCAUCGGCCGAGUUGUCAAAGUCGAUGGCAUGUACGUCGCCGUCAAGUUCCCGAGCAAGGAAGGGACCGGGGACAAAGAGGACCCGUUGUCCGACUGUCGACUGAUGCGCAAGGACGAGAUUCAAGUCGUGCGGGGAGGGUCCGCCGCCUCGACCAGAGUUCUGGACUGUCUGCAGCGAACCCCGAAGCGCGUGUCGUUCCCGGAUAACGUCGAUAUUCUCUCGAUGUCUGUCGACGCUCGUGGAAUACAUGCGAUCAUUCGGAACAAGAAGUCGAAUCAGCUGCGGUACUCGAUCCACAACGUUUCGACGGGACGCGCCGAACAAGAUUCGCUCUUCCCGAUACUCACAUCGAGCUUCCUCGCUUCGGACUCUUCGCAAGUUUCUCUCAGCGUCAACGGUGAGAACGAGACCAUCUCGCUGCUGAGGGACGGCAACUCGUGUCUCUUCCCACUGGCGCAUGACUGUGUCGACGCCAUCCGGGACCCUGUGUGGCUGAAUCUGCCCCCUGUUCGGGCUAUCGGGAUGGGGGUCCAGCCUCUUCGUGAUGUCUUGCAAAAUCAGAAAAAUCAGGUCGCUGUGAUCGCGUUGGUUCUCGAACCCCAGACCAUUAUGCCGGCAAUUCUCAAGGCCAACGCCGAGGCCGUCGGUCAAGUAUUAUCAAGUGCUAAACGCGACAUGGAUUCCGAAGGCGACGUUUCCAUCCUGAGAAGUAUUCUUAGCGAGCGAUGUGACGGCAAUCGGAACAUAAUUCACGCGGCGGUAUCGGUCUCGUUCCCCACGUCAAACAAGAACGCAGAAGCCGACUCCAAUCAGUACGAAGCUCUCGAGAUCAUGCCGAAUUCGGCGGCUGCAUCGGCUUCGGGCAGCCAGCCGAUCAGCGGUAGGAACAUUUCGCUAUCGGAGAUGAUGCGCCGGGCACGUGGGGGAGAUCCCGUCGAUCUGCAAGGAUCGUCUCAGGAGAGCGAUUCGGAAUACCAGCCGAUUCCCCGAAUCAUGUGGCCUUCCGAAGAGAGCGUCCAAGACGGUGAUGCUCACAACGACCAAGGUUUCCAAUCGGGAAGCGGGCAAAGCGACUCGGGAAAGAACCAGGGCGGUCUUGCUUCCCUGACGGGGCUCCUUCAGUCUCCCGUGUUGAGACCACACCUCUUUGAACUGCUGUACGCCCGUGACGCCACGGGACAGACCCCUUUCAUGACCGCGGUCACGGGCAGAGCUUACCGUGCCGCCACGAUCAUCUUGGACGCCGCUCAACGGUGCUGCGAGAACUCGAAAGUUGCUCUUCGGCAGAUGAUUUACCCGCCGGACGCCUCUCCAGAUGACUCACCGUUGCACGUUCUCUGUACAAAUGACACAUGUUCGUUCACAUGGACCGGCGCCGAGCACAUCUCUCAAUGCAUAUACGAGUGUCGUACGUGUGGACUCACGGGGACGCUCUGUUGCUGCACAGAAUGCGCGAGAGUGUGUCACAGGGGUCACGACUGCAAAGUUAAACGUGCCUCUCCGACCGCCUACUGUGAUUGCUGGGAGAAGUGCAAAUGCAAAGCUUUGAUCCAAGGCAGCAAUUCGGCCAGGAACCAGUUGCUGAACCGACUUAUUCAAGAAACCGAUCUGGCUACGCUGCCAAACAGCAGAGGAGAGACGAUACUCUUGUUCUUGGUGCUGACCGUCGGUCGUCAAUCCGAGGAGCAGAAGAACUUCCGACCUUCGCGGCCCCGUUCACAAGUGAGCAGAAAGGUUUCGAACGCUGACGGUGGACACGAGAUGCCGGACCACGAUCUCGACCCGCCCAAGUUCGCCCGCAGAGCCCUCGAGAGACUCCUGAGGGACUGGGCCGCGGUCCGCGCCACCUUGAUGGCCGGGGAGCGCUCUCUGUCAGAUGAUUCUCAGCUGACCGCUCAAGCCGGAUCGACUCUGCUCGACAAAUUCACUCAGAGUCUCAUCUGGAAGUGUUCGAUGGAUAUGUUGGACACGCUGUUGUCGACCUUGAUCCAGGAGCUCUACCACGACCGGGACAGUCGAGCACCGGAGUCCAACCCGGUCGUUGUUCGAUUCGUGCGCUCGGUUGUUCGUUUGUUCACUGUUCUCGUAGCCGAAAUGGCUCCCAGUCCGAGCAAACGAAAAUCGCGUUCCCUCAUGUUCAGCCUUUCCGGGGCCGCGUCGCAGCCUGUUCUGAAGUGCAAGCGAGUAUUCCAAGCCCUACUGCCGAUAUCAAUCCGAGAGUUGGCCGACGCUGCCGUCUCUCUGGUCUUACCGAUACGAUUGGGCAUCGUAAGACCCACGGCUCAGUUCUCGUUGCUGGCCUCUAAAGGAGCGAUCGAAGGUAGCGAGGAACUGUUCCAUGUCGAUGCCCCUCUAUUCUCUUCUGCAUCAGAAGAGAACCCGGGACCUUCCGAUGAGCACAGCGAACCCCCGAUCGCUGUUCGGCAGCGACAGAGUUUCUUCCGUCCCGCAGCCCCCGCAACGCACCUGCUGCGGGAACCGGCCGCAGAUAGCGAGUCGGAAAGCGAAAGCGAGAGAGAUGAAGACGCGCUAUCAGUAUUAUCCAUUUCGGAAGUUCGGGCUAAUCACCACGGCAUUUCGUAUUCUCGAGAAAUCGAUGAAUCGACAAAGAGGAUUUUUUGAAUUAUCUUUUUCCGCCCCGUAGACGAAGAUUCCGCGGGAGAAACCUCGGGAGGAGACGGGGAGGACGACAGCGACGCUGCGGAUACCGAAGAGCAGGAUAACGACGAUGGUGACAACACCGACGAGCCACUCGAGAGACGACCCAGUGCCACCGCAGGAAGGAACAAUAACUCGCCAACUUACUUGGCACCAGCGCAUCUACAGUGGGCCGUGAGGAAUCGGGCAGAUGUCGCGAGCACUUCGGCGACGAACUCGCCAUCCACGAACACGAUUCUGACGGCGUCCGUUCCCAUGACCAAUGGACUCGUCUACAUCGACGCCAACACUCUACGAAGAACUACAAGCAACGCCACAGCACCUGCACCCAGCGUAUCGAGUGCGUCGCUGAGUGCUGCGGCUGCCGCCACUGCUCAUGGACAACACAUACCAUCCGUGAUCAAUACCAACAUCGGCUUGGCUCGGACUUUCGCGGCGCUCAUCCGUCAGACGACCGACCUGCUGGCCGUACUCGAAGAGUCGGCUAACGCCAGAUAUCUCGUGCCAGGGAUGCUCAAAGUUCCCGCAGAAGUUCUUUCCACCGAAGUGCAGCAGAACCUCUACGACUCCGUGGACGCUCUGUUCAAGCCAACGUGGGACUGGCUGAUGACGGUCCUGGAUUCGACUGAAUGCCAACUCAGAUUCGGUUGCUCUCUGAACAAGCGACUCGGUGGCGUUCAGGUACAGAAGCCCUCUUCGUCGAGCGGCUUUUCGUUUCUGCGGAGUGCAGACAAUGACGGCAAGAAACGUCCGAAGUCCGAGACAGCGGCCCGCAGAGACUUUUUGUCUUACGCCCUGUCCCUUCUGCGAGCUCAGUCGUCCGAGCACUUGGAUUCGCUGCCAGUCAUCGAUGUAGCAUCGUUGAAACACAUCGCGUACGUGUUCGACGCAAUGGCCUACUAUCUACGCUGUGGGAAUCACAGCUCGCAAGCCAAUAGCAAUGAGAGCGCUGACAUCGGCGACGUCAUGCGAGAGGGUUCCCUGCUGGCACCCUGGAUGGACACGGAUCAGGACAUGGUGGAUACGGACGAGGAAAAAUCGGCCAACGUCGACAAGAGCGCUGCCGGCGACGCUUCGAAACAACAGCACACAGGGAGGAAGCACGCAUUCUUCCAGCGAUCGGACUCGACACUCUGUCUCGGGUGCAUUCCCCCGCCGGAUCCCUUCCUGACUCCGCUCAAUGAAGCGCUCCCGGUCGCUGAAAAGCCUCAGUUGUUGACCCCCACCGCGACUCGGCUGGACCUCUUCGGCCCUCCCUCCAAAUACUACAACGACAAGAGAGGCUCUGCCUACCAACUGAAGCCCUCUCUGAGAGUAUCACAAGAGUGUGACAAUUGGCCGAUAGUGUCUAGUCGGAACGCAGGCGAGAAGUUCCACGACGCCUUCCUGAGCCGGUGGCAUCUGACGCUGGAGCUGUUCGGAAGGGUUUUCGUCGAUGACGUGGCUACCGAAGCGGGUUCCGUGCUCUCGGAACUCGGAGGUUUCCCCGUGAAAGAAGUCCGCUUCCGUCGCGAAAUGGAGAAACUGAGGAGCUCACAGCAGCGCGAUAUAUCUUUCUCGAAAAUGGACAGGGAUAGGAAUCUGCUGCUCCAACUCACAUUCCGAGAACUGAAUCAGCAAUACACUAACAACAGCCGACGCUCGAUGAACGGGACCCCUCCCCUGGCUGUCCAUAAAGUUAAAGUUAUAUUCAAAGACGAACCGGGAGAGGGAUCGGGAGUGGCUCGAUCGUUCUACGCAUCGUUUGCCGAAGCGGUUCUGUCCAACGAGAAGAUACCGAACCUUGAAAGUUGCCAAAGCGGAAGCCGCAGUCUUCAGUACAAAUUUUCUCUCUCAGAUAUCAUUCAACGACUGAAGCGAGACAAAGAAAUCCGCAAUAGGGCGUCUCGUUCUUCGGGAUCCAGCCUACGAGUCGAUGCGCCUCCCUACGUUCAUCCUUCGAGCAGCGAGGAACCAUCAGGCCCGAACCACCGGAAGCAGUUGGGUACACGCCUCUACCCAAGAGUUUACGCCCUCAGACCUCCUCUCGCCGGCAAGAUCACUGGCAUGCUCCUCGAGCAGACCCCACCGCAGCUGAUUCUACUCCUCGCGUCUGAAGAUGCCUUGAGGCAGAAAGUCGAGGAGUGCGUGGAACUUUUGUCCUCUCAGAAAUGUUCCGUGAAGAUGGAGUCUCUCGAUCUCAACGAAGCAGGAGCCUCCAGCUCUCUCUCUGAACCGACAGAAAACGCCUCGCCCGAAGACAACGCUCCAUUCUUCUAUCAACCGGGGAAGACUGGUUUCUAUUCACCGCGUCAAGGACGCUGUUCUUCGGAGCGUCUGAACGCCUUCCGCAACAUAGGUCGUAUCAUUGGUUUGUGCCUUAUGCAGAACGAGCUCUGCCCAAUACCUCUGAGCCGGCACGUGUUGAAGUAUAUUCUCGGCCGGAGAAUCGGUUGGCAUGAUCUGGCGUUUUACGAUCCGGUUCUCUAUGAGAGUUUGCGCCAAAUACUCUUGGAUGCAAACGAAAAGAACAAGGAAAUCAUCGCUGCCCUAGAGCUCACGUUCACCAUCGACCUCGGACCAGAGGAGGGUAACACUACCGCCGAACUGAUCCCAGACGGACGCAGCGUGCCGGUGACGCACCAGAAUGUCUUCGACUACGUUCGACGGUACGCGGAAUACCGAAUGGUCAAAUCACAGGAGAGAGCUCUCGAAGCUCUGCGUACCGGUGUUUUCGACGUCCUUCUGAACAACAGUCUCGAAGAACUUACGGCGGAAGACCUCCGACUGCUCUUGAACGGGGUCCCCGAGAUCCACGUGGCAUCGAUGAUUUCGUACACGACUUUCAACGACGAGAGCAAGGAGAGCUCUGAGCGGACAAUUCGUUUCAAAAAAUGGUUCUGGUCAAUCAUGGAGAAGAUGUCGUCCAGAGAUAAACAGGAUCUGAUCUACUUCUGGACUGGAUCGCCGUCGCUACCCGCGUCGGAAGAAGGCUUCCAACCCAUGCCCACUGUGACCAUUCGUCCCCCGGACGAUCAGCAUCUGCCCAGUGCUAAUACGUGCAUAUCUAGGCUCUAUCUCCCCUUAUAUUCUUCUAAGCAGAUCCUCAGAUCGAAGAUACUUUUAGCGAUUAAAACGAAAAACUUUGGUUUUGUUUGAGACGGCAGGGCAGCGUUCCGAGUGAGUGACGGUAGCGCGAGCGCUUGCGUUGUUUUGUUCGACAAGGAAUGUCUCGUGGUGCUCGGCACGCACAUUCGCUGACGAACCGCUGCGCUAACAUGAAAAAUGAAUGGUAAAGUGAUGCAAAUGAAACAAAGAGUCCCCUAUGUAACUGAUCCAAUGCAACUUGUGGGCAUCAUUCACGUGCCGCAAACCAACGACAUGCUCAAGUGUAAAUACGAAUAAAACUUUUCC